UUGGUGGCUUCCUCUUUGCCGUGCUCGUCUCUGAUGUCUACGUCUCGGGGGGCGAUGCGUCUUGCGCCUCUGGGGGGUCGACGCUCCCACUCGUCAGGGUCGAUGUUGUCGGGCAGAUCAGGUGGCAGCAGCAACCGAUCUCAGCGGUCCAGGGAGAGCGCCUCGUCGGCAGCGAGUAGCGACUCCAAGGAGGCCUGUUCCAAAGGAAGCGUUGGCAGCAGUGAACUGGAGGGAGAGGUGGAGCUCUGGUACAGAGGUGAAGGCACCGAGCACUGGAGGACUUGUUUGAUUAACGUGCGUCUGCAGGUCACGCCCACUCUUCAGGUCAUGAGGUUAGCAUCGGAUUUUUAG